AUGUCGCGCGCAAAUCAGUGGUUUGUGCCAGGCGAUGGCAUCGCGAGAGAAGUCAUCACCGCCGACAUCCAGCGCUACCUGGGCCCAGAUGCGCUUGUCAGGCCCGGCACAGGCACCGGAGAGUACCAGGGCCAGCCAGGCUACUGGAUAACCGCGUACCGCACUCUCACUUCGCAAAUGAUUCAGGACUUGAAGAUGGACUCUCAGCGCUGGCAACAGGAGCGCCAGCCUGGCGACGUCGGACGUGGAGUCGCUUACCAAGACUCUCGUACACAUGCUGCUCGUCAGCAUUGGGGUCCGACAAAACCGUAUGAACACGGUGCGCCCAAGUCGGCGGCGGAUCCCUAUGACCAGCCACCUCGCCAGUCGUCAACGUCGUCUAGAGCGACAAC